UCCCCCCGUCCCGUCCCUCCUCCAUCCUCUUCUAAAAAUCCAAUCUUUGUUCCACUGGUCGCUCUCUCGCUGUCCCCAAGCUUCCCCUCCCCCUUCCCCCGGGCCCCAAAACCCUAACCCUAGCCCCCAGACCGAGCUCCGGCGCCGAGCCCCGCCCCCGCAACCGCACCGGGAGAUGGACGGCGGCGGGACGCAUCGCACGCCGGAGGACGUGUUCCGGGACUUCCGCGCGCGGCGGGCCGGCAUGAUCAAGGCGCUCACCACCGACGUGGAGAAGUUCUACCAGCAGUGCGACCCAGAGAAAGAGAAUCUGUGUUUGUAUGGUCUUCCCAACGAAACGUGGGAAGUGAACUUGCCCGCAGAGGAGGUUCCUCCUGAACUUCCAGAACCAGCUCUGGGAAUUAAUUUUGCUCGUGACGGAAUGGAUGAGAAAGAUUGGCUGUCACUUGUUGCGGUGCAUAGUGAUGCUUGGCUGCUGGCUGUGGCCUUUUAUUUUGGAGCAAGAUUUGGGUUUGACAAAGAAUCCAGGAAGCGGCUUUUUGUCAUGAUUAAUAACCUCCCUACAAUAUAUGAAGUUGUCACGGGUACUGCCAAGAAGCAAACUAAAGAAAAAAACCCCAAAAGCAGCAGCAAGAGCAAUAAAUCUGGCACAAAACUGCCACGCCAGCCAGAACCCAACUCAAGGGGUUCUAAGAUGCCACCUCCAAAGGAUGAAGAAGAUAGUGGAGGCGAGGAAGAGGAGGAAGAGGAAGAUCAUGAAAACACAUUGUGUGGUGCAUGUGGUGACAACUACGGACAGGACGAGUUCUGGAUAUGCUGUGACGCUUGCGAGACAUGGUUCCAUGGUAAGUGUGUCAAGAUCACUCCUGCCAAGGCCGAGCACAUCAAGCACUACAAGUGCCCGAACUGUAGCAGUAGUAGCAAGAGAGCCAGAGCAUGAUCGCUUAUGCUUGAGAACCAAGAAGAAUUUGACUCGCUGUGAACACCCACAUGGGACAGAAUGCCCAAUGGAUGUGCAUUCAGUUGUUGCUUUCAGUGAUAGGGCCAGCUGUAGGUCUUGAUGUGUUGUUUGGUGUAUGUCAGAUAUUUUAGAUUUUCUAUUGUUAGUAAUUAGCAUCUAACUGUAGUAGCCUGUAUUUCUUCAAGCUUCCCGGUGCACCUGUACUAGUGUCAAAACUGUUCUAGAUGUCAGUUGUGCGUUAUGUCAGCGUGUAACAUUGUUAGUUUGUUGAAAAGUUGUGUUGUUAUUUCUCUAGGCUCAUAAUUUUCGCACACGAAGCUCUGGUGGAUUUACCAUCUUAUAUAUUUCGAAAAGCUUUGUUCA